ACCAUCACUGUGAAGUUCUCCGACAACAGAUUGGCCAUGUUUGCUGGCUCCGUGGAAGUGGAGCCUUGCCAACGAUGCCUUCAUUAUUGGAAGAAAGGGCACAAGCCGGGUAGAACAUGCUGUGUGAGAAACUGCUGACCAUGAACAGUAGGUUCAGGAGAUUGUGACCUCUGCAAAGAAGAACAACAUCUUCCUCAUGGAGGAACAAAUGGAGCUGUUUAGAUGCAUUUUUUCCCUGCCUCAAUGGAGAUCAGAUGCCGCUGGCCCAGAAGGAGUUGGAAUGCAGUGAAGAUGAUCAGAUUUGUUUGUCAUUCCACUGACAUACUUACUGUGAUUAGCACAGAAAAGCUGGGUGCAAACACAUAUUAAUCUUUGCAUCUACUGCCUGCAGUUAAUAUUCGUUUUGUAAAACAGAGAAAAGCCAGAAUUCAACCAAGCUGCUGGUGCACGCUUGGAGACAUGUAAAGAACAACUGGCCAGAUGUACAGUAAACCUCAUUGAUAACAUUUCUAAAUCUCUGGCACUUAAUAAAAAUUUUGGGAAGUCUUUGCUUAUGCAUACUGUGAACAUUACAGGUGAUGGUGUAAGUCAACUAGAAAUGAUGAAAAUAGCUGACUCAUUCUGGGUUUGUUUAAAGCUGCUGUAAGUCCUGAGUCAGCCUUUGUGCCACUGCUUAUUUAUUGAAUUCAUCACACACACAGGUUGGCAUUGACAGAUAAGGCUUUAUCUCUUAUCUCUCUGUCCUUCAUGUGGGACAGUUAAGGUGAAAAUAUAACAGUCAUUUAAUAGAGUACUUUAUUAGUCCUUACAGGAAACUGCUUGUAACAGCAGCAUGUAAACACACAGACAACCCACAAACAGACUAAAAAUGUUAUCGGAACGUCAGUUCAGAGCUGAUCCUGUUUGUGAAUUUAUACUGUUUAAAACACACCGUCAGAUUUGUGUGAUUGUGAGCUCAGCUGAUCUGAAGUCAGGGUCUGUUAGCACACAAACAGCUGUCGUGAUGAGCUGUGUAAUGUUGCAGUCCAAGUCAAACAGAGCCGUUCUGCUGUUUUCCCGUUCGUAACCUGUAGAAUAGAGACUGAAGACAUCUGUCUGCUUAUUUCGGAAAGGAGCUGUUGCCGGUUAAGCAUAACCUGGUCCAAAUACCCAAGGUUCAGCGUGCGUAAUUACGCAUGCGGUUUCGUGCGCUGCAUCUGGUUAACUAUCGAUGUUUCAUUGCAGUGAGUGCGAGAAUCCAUUAUAAAGUUUGUGAAGAACUACUGUUAUUUUGCUGAUUUUUCCUCAAUUGUUGCGAUAAAACGUCUUCAGAAAACGGAUAGACCUAAAAGUUGUAUCGGAUUAUUCUAAAGUUUAUGCGCAAUUUGACAGACAUUUCAGUAAUGAGAAAUGUAUACAGAAAAACUACAAAAUAUUUUUUCCCCAUAAAUAAAUAUUAGUCCCAAUGACAGACAGACAUUGACCAAGGCUCUUUCAGGAUGGAGGAUGGAAAAUGUAAUAUUUUUUAUUUAACGCUGAGACUUUGAGAAGUCUGAGAAUUUACUGAUGCAUUGAUGUUACAUCAAAGUUUGGGGUGUGUUCAGGUAACAGUAAUGACUUCUAUCACUAUCAGCUGUAAUAUUAGUGUGAGGCAGAUUUUGUAUAGGAGACAAUUCAUGUGAUUUGUCAGUGACUGAUCCCUACAAAAUCUUUCAAAACAUACAAACACCACUCACAUUGGUUAUUUAUUGCUUUCAAAUCUGCCGAAAAUGAAUUGAAUGAGAUGAAAGUUUACAUUUUUUGACUCUGUCAUCUAACCUGAGAGCUCUGUCUCCAUCUCUGUGAUGAUACAGAUGUUGGCACUUCAGUCAUGAAUUUUAUACAACCAUAUCUGUUAAUUUAUUAGAGCUGUCAUUACAAAUCAGCAGUUGAAAUCUCAGUUGCUUUUGAUCAGUUUUGCUUCAAAUGACCCUAUGGAACAAAAAUGUGUAAUGUUUGCUGCAUUGUUUUCAGUCUAUCUUUAUCAGUGGUGGCUGUGCUCUUCGAUUUGAGGUGUCUGAAGCUGACAGAAGCAGUGUCCCUGUCUCACAUUACAACAGCAACACUCAUCCAUCCUCCUCGGCAAUCUAGAUGUGCAAGCUGCUGUCUGAAAGGGGCUGGUGACAUAGCCUCUGACCAGAUGGUAGCUUGCUCCCUCCAACCAUUUGUCUUGCCUGGAUGAGGAUUAUCUCAAAGGUUGAUACGAAUAGAAUUGUAGAAACACCCCAUAGCUGCUGGCAUCUGGUGGUAAAAUCCUGGAGGGCAAUAAAGGCUGGAGGCAUAAAGUUAAUGAUGUGAUGACAGAAAAUCUUCAUGAUCAUUUGUGUGCAUGAAGCAAAAGUUUAAAUCUUCAUUUGUUUCUGUUUUCAGACUUGUCAAUGCCACCUGCCAGAGGGCCCCAGCUCUCAGGCCCCCAGCUCGGAGUCGAGCUGCCCACUGUCCUGAGUCACUGCUCCCCACGCAUCCUCCACCUCAGUGCUUCUGCCUUCCAAGUGCCAGGGACUAGGGCAAGACUUCUGGGGGUUAAAAGUGGUGGCUGGGAAGAGACCAAAUACCAGACCUGGGGACAUGACGCUGUCUUCAUCACUGCCAACCUUCAGAGCAUCAGAGAGUCCUCCUCACACUCCAUAUUCAUGAAAUUCAUAAGGAGAUAUCCUUUCAAAACUGCCCACAACUCAUAAUCCAUUUUUCCAUAUGCUCUUUACUCCAUUCGGUUUUUCCUUUGGCAUACUUGCCUACUUUGUAAAGUGUCUUGAAAAGCGCUAUAUAAGUAUUAUUUAGGGAAAAAGGUGAGUUUUAUAUAUGCUGAUUUCACACUCUUCAUGUUGGCCUGCUGAUUGAUACUUUAUGAUAUUGUCAGUUGCUAAACAAACUCCCUAGAAAUGCUGUCCUUUUGAAAAACCUAGAUCAGAUUCUGCUGUGUUUUUGUUUUUUUCUUUUGUUUUCUUUCGGCACAGAUGUUGAAUGACUCCAGGAGUAGAAGUAAAGAGAUGAGAUGGCUCCAGAAGGUACAUGAUGAUGAGGGGCCGAGCCCACCACAAGAGAACAAUACCCAGAGACGUUUAGAAAAAGUUCUCCAAAAGUUUUUAUUUUUAGAUUUAUUUUUUUUUAAAGAACAGAGACAAGGGACGCAUCCUUAAAGAUGAACUAGAAAAUGAGCCACAGCACCAAGAUAUGGGGAAAAAAUUAUGUAAACUGAUCCAGGACCAGCCCAUGACAUGUCUGGCUGUUCAACUAACACCAGCUUGUGGUGGGAGGGACUACGACUCAAGGAGAUAAGAGGGCAGAGUACAGUCUGUUCAACUCAGUCUGUCUCUGUCCAACAUGGCAACCAGAUGGGGAAUCUGCGGCACUGGGUUCAUCACCAAUGACUUCACUGUGGCCCUGAGAACUCUUCCACCUGGAGAACAUCAGGUUGUGGCCGUGGCAGCUCGCAGUUUGAAGGAUGCACAGGAGUUUGCCAAAAAGCACAGCAUCUCCCGAGCAUAUGGCAGCUAUGAAGAGCUGGCCAAAGACCCAGACGUAGAUGCAGUGUACAUUGGAGUUAUCCACCCCUACCAUCACAGCGCUUGUCUGCUCUUUACAAAUGCCAAGAAGAACGUGCUGUGUGAGAAACCACUGGCCAUGAACAGUAGGGAGGUUCAGGAGAUUCUGGCCUCUGCAAAGAAGAAUAACGUCUUCCUCAUGGAGGCUGUCUGGACUCGCUUCUUCCCAGCCUCUGCAGAGAUCAGACGGCUGCUGGCCCAGAAGGAGUUGGGCGACUUGAAGUUGGUCGUCAUUGAGUUUGGUGUGCCACUCAUGCACCUUGUGAGAUCACUGAAGAAGGAGCUGGGCGCAGGAACAAUAAUAGAUAUCGGCCUCUACUGCCUGCAGUUCAUUAGCAUGGUGUACAACGGAGAGAAGCCAGAGAGCAUCAAAGCCACUGCUGUAUGCCAAGCGGAAGGAAUUGAUGAGACUGUGGGUGUUGUUCUGAAGUACUCCAACAACAGACUGGCAGUGUUUACUUGUUCCUCGGUUAUGGAGCUGCGAAAUAAUGCCAUCAUCGUGGGGUCAAAGGGCACAAUCCAGGUCCCUGAAACUGUGUGGAGCCCCACAUCACUAGAUGUGAAUGGAAAGGUGACUCAGUACCCACUGCCAGAACCCGGUUUACCUCUCAGCUACAUGAACGGUACAGGGAUGCGUUAUGAAGCAGAGGAGGUUCGGCAGUGUUUGCUCAAAGGUCUGAAGGAGAGUUCUAUUAUGUCCCAUUCUGACUCUAUGCUGAUGGCUGAGUUGGAAGAUGAGAUCCGCAGGCAGGUGGGGGUGGUGUACAGCCAGGACUCCAAGUAAAUGUUCAACAUGUACCCAGACUGUAAUAAAGGAGAACCAUUUUAUAAUGGAGAAUAAUUUGCACUUGCUGUUCCACAGGCAUCUUUUUCUUGUCUGAUCUAAAUGCCGCAGACAUUUAAUAUGCCAAAGCACUAUGAUUUUGUAAUUUGUAUACUAAAGCAAUGCACUGAAAGACUGAAACCUUUGAUUCAGCAUGAAAUAAAUUUUAAAGAAAUUUGCAAAAGUG